CACAAAUUAAUGCUCAUAUUGGCACUAAGUCCUAUUCCUAGUUUUAAGCACAAGGCAAUCAGACAGAGGUGAAAAGAUCACUAGCUACAAGCUUUGUUUCCCGCAUUCAUGGCUUCCUCUGGUGCGAAUUCAUCAGUGUCUGCAAUAUCGAUGAAGACCUUAAACUUGGCAAACAUUCCAAUCCUCACUGGUGGAAGCAACUACAAAAAAUGGAGAAGAGAUAUCAAUUUGAUGUGGACUCUUAAUGAGUUUGAUAUAGUAAUUGAUAAUCCCAAGCCUAUUGUCACUGAUCAAAGCACUUCCAAGCCUAUUGUCACUGAUCAAAGCACCAGGGCUGAGAAAUCAGAUCAUGAAAGAUAUACAAGGGCUGGUAAAGUGGAACUUUCCAUCUUGGAAAGUGGGAUGAUUGAUACUAUCAGAGGAGGAAUAAAGAAACUACUGCUGGGUAUGGAUUACAUGACAACCAUUGGAAAGAAGUUUAAGGAGUUUGAGAAAGCAGAAGCAAGUCAAUACAUGUCCUUGCUUACUACAUACAAAAUUGAGGGCACUGGCUCCAUAAAGGAUCAUAUAAUGAAGAUGACAGAUGCUGCUGAGAAAUUGAAUUCCAUAUAUGUAAACAUCGGUGAGAAGCAGCUUGUGUUCAUGAUUCUUCAAGCCCUUCCUACUAAGUACAGUUAG